GAGGAUGAACAUCACCGUCGCUCCGUUCAUGACAACGUCCAGACCCAAAAAACCGCUCAUCUCCACGCCGGUCGAUCUCUCCGCUUAACUCGCCGAAUCGAUGUACGUCGGGUUCUCGUCGUCGACGAGCACCGUCACCAGCGCGCAGUACAUCCUCGGGUGGAGCUUCACCAAAGGGGAAGAAGAACCCCCGCCGCUGGAUCUCCGCCUCCUCCCCGUCUCCCCCCGGCCGAGCAAGCCGGAGGAAAUAAUCGCAAUCUCCGUAGGAGCUUACCUUCUCCGAUUGAGGCGGUACAGAGAGCUGAGAGAAGAUUGGGAGAAGGAAUACAACCCGCAGCGGCUCUGCUACAAGGAUCUGUACCGAGCGACGCACGGAUUCAAGGAGAAGGAGGUCCUCGGAUCCGGCGGAUUCGGGAAAGUGUACAGAGGAAUCCUGCCCAAAUCAAAGAUCGAAGUCGCCGUGAAGAGAAUCUCUCACGAUUCGCGGCAAGGGAUGAAGGAAUUCGUCGCGGAGAUCGUCAGCAUGGGGAGGCUGCGCCACCGGAAUCUGGUACAUUUGCUAGGUUACUGCCGGCGAAAGGGCGAGCUGCUUCUGGUCUACGAUUACAUGCCCAACGGCAGCCUGGAUACCUUCCUGUUCAACGACGAGAAGCCGAUUCUCGACUGGAUUUCACGGUACCAAAUCGACCCAAAUCUUGA